CAUUUAGCGUCAUAAAUGAAAGUGGAAGCUUUUCCUCUGUGCUGUGUUAGAUUGACUGUGUGUACCUCCACGGUGUGUACCUUUAUACAGUCUGGUGUGUACUCACAUGGUUUCUGCCACGCAGGCAGACUGACUGAAGUCAACCCACCUCCGUGAAUGGGUGGGAUCAUCUGUCUGAUAGCCACGUAGCUAGCUAAUAUCGUUAGCUGUGUAGCUAACGUCAGCGAACGUCAGGAUGGAUCUGCCCCAUCAUGGAUACCGAGCAACUAAACAAAGAGCUCGUACAGCUCCCCCCACAGCAGAUUCUGUCCUGUUUGAGGACACCAGCUCUGCAGCACCAGCAAUGAACAGUCAAGGAUACUACACUCCAGGGUACAAUAUGGGAGGGCCUUCAAAUGACAUGCAGGGAGGUGGCGGUGUGGACAAUCUGUUUGCCGACCCAAUGGCAAAUGCUGCAAUGAUGUACGGCUCCUCAUUAGCCAACCAAGGAAAGGAUAUGGUCAACAAAGAGAUCAGCAGAUAUGUGUCUGUGAACAAGCUGAAAUAUUUCUUCGCCGUCGACACCAAAUAUGUAAUGAAGAAACUAAUGCUGCUCAUGUUCCCGUAUACGCAUCAGGACUGGGAAGUUCGUUACCAUCGGGACACUCCAUUGCCCCCCAGACAGGAUGUGAAUGCACCUGAUCUUUACAUACCAACGAUGGCUUUCAUUACCUACAUUUUACUUGCUGGAAUGGCCCUUGGCAUUCAAAAAAGGUUCAGCCCGGAGGUCCUUGGUCUGUGUGCCAGCACUGCCCUCGUGUGGAUGAUCAUCGAGGUGUUGGUGAUGUUGUUGAGUUUGUAUCUGAUGACGGUACACAGUGAUCUCUCAACCUUUGAUCUUAUUGCCUACAGUGGGUACAAAUAUGUCGGGAUGAUCUUCACAAUGUUGUGUGGCUUACUGUUUGGCAGUGAUGGUUAUUAUGUGGCCCUUGCCUGGUCCUCUUGUUCCCUUAUGUUCUUCAUCGUAAGAUCACUGAAAAUGAAGAUCCUUCCCUCUCUUUCCUCUGACACCAUGGGAACUGGAUCAAGUGGCAAACCUCAGUUUCGCCUUUAUAUCACUGUGGCUACCGCAGUCUUUCAGCCCAUCGUCAUAUACUGGUUAACUUCACACUUAGUCAGGUGACUGGGAGGGAUUAAAUAACCUGAAGUCCGAGUGCAUUGGACCCAAAAAAUGUGUCUGAGUGUUUGUACACCUGCCUUUAUAUGCUCUUUUUUCAGUACACACACACUAGACAGUGUUUCACUGCUGUGUGUGAUGAGCUUGUCAGUCAGACAUGUUCAGAUUCAAUGGUUUCACUGAUUUAACCACAAAGUGUGACAGAAAAAUGUCAUCGGAAGACUGUUGUCAUCCACCAUGAGUGUAUUGUAACACAAACAAAUGCUUAUUUUUGGCCCCAUUACUUUGGAAACAAGGGCUGUCAUUGUUAGAUCUUUUAAAUAAAAAAACUAAGAUUCAGUUUGUUUCAUUUUUAUAUGAUGUCCAUGGACAUGCUUCAGUAUUUACACACCACACUGAAAGAAAUGUACGUUACACCAGUGAUUCAAGUGCCACUCUCCUGGCUCAGUAAUGUUGCAUUUCCCCCGUUUCUCUAGCGAGUUCUGGAUUUUAUUUAUCUACAUUUGACAAAGCAUGAACGUGUUAGGAUUUUUUUGUAGAAAAAAUAAAUAUAUUUCUCUUUGUGCA